AUGGCUCUCAAGAAAUCCCUUGGUGUUGUGGCUGCACUAGUCCUGACUGUCCUUGCUGCCUCAAGGACCAGUCCUCCUAGUGGAAGUAUCACAGUUUGCUCGUCCGGCUGCAAUUACAACACAAUCCAAAAAGCAGUCAGCUCCAUCUCCGCGUCUUCCAAGGAUGAGCACAGUAUCUUCAUCUACUCCGGGACUUACACCGAGCAAGUCACCAUCCCAGUACUGAGUGGGAAGCUCAACAUCUAUGGCUAUACCAAGGACACUUCCGACUAUUCAGGAAAUGUAGUCAACCUGGAAUGGAAAUCAGCGCUUGCCACCGGGGCCGCUGACGAUGAACACACCGCGGCACUGAUCAACACAUCUCCCAACGUCGCUGUGUACAACAUCAACAUUAAGAACACUUAUGGCAAGCCCUCCGGCAGUGGUGGUCAAGCUAUAGCCCUCUCUGCUUAUAACACUGAACAGGGAUACUACGGCGUCGGCCUAUAUGGAUACCAAGACACGCUCCUCGCUCAGACCGGCAACCAAAUUUACGCCAACAGCUACAUCGAGGGCGCCGUAGAUUUCAUCUUCGGGCAGCACGCCCGCACAUGGAUUACCAAGUCCAAGAUUGUAUCCAUCGGCGCCGGCGCCAUCACCGCGAGUGGCCGGCCAUCCUCCUCCGACACGUCCUACUACGUCAUUACGGACAGCACGAUCGAGGCGGGCUCGCCUGCACCAGCCGCUGGGGCCGAUGUUUCCCUGGCGGAGUAUGGCAAUACCGGUGCUGGGGCCAGUGGGACGCGAGCUAGCUUCUCAUCUAAGCUGAGCAGUGCCCUUAGUAUCUCCACUGUCUUGGGCAGUGAUUAUGCAUCGUGGGUCGACUCGGCCUACUUGUGA